AUGCUUCUAGCCCCUGCAGCACUGGCAGCCCAGGAGCACAUGAUGCUUGCAGAGGGUGAACCGAUCCUGGUCCAGGUGGGCUGGGCGGCGACAUGCGUCAUCUUCACCUUCUCCAUCUCCCUGGUGGUGUGGGGCCGUUCCGGCCUCUAA